CAAAAUCUGUUUUUCUCUCUCUCAGGAGUGUGGUGCUUUAGUGAACUUUUUUUUGUGAAAGAGCCUCAGGACGUUACAGUCUCAAGGAAGGAUCCGGUGGUUUUAGACUGCCAGGCCCGUGGUGAAGCUCCUAUAACUGUUACAUGGCUGAAAAACGGAGGCAAAGUAUCUGAAAAUGAACGGAUCUACACUUUGUCCAAUGGCUCAUUGUAUAUCAGUGAGGUGGAAGGGAAGAAAGGAGAGCUGUCUGAUGAAGGAUUUUACCAGUGCUUAGCUCUGAACAAAUAUGGGGCCAUUCUCAGUCAAAAAAGCCACCUCACACUAGCAACCAUUUCUGCAUUCGAAGUCCAGCCACUUUCAACUGAGGUCCAAGAAGGUGGAGUAGCUCGAUUUGCCUGUAAAAUAACAGCAAACCCUCCUGCCACUGUGACAUGGGAAGUGAAUCGAACCACUUUACCUUUAGUCAUGGACAGGAUAACCGCUUUACCUACAGGAGUUCUUCAGAUCUAUGGUGUUGAGCAGAAGGAUGCUGGGAAUUACCGAUGUGUUGCCACAACAAUAGCCAAUAGACGUAAAAGCGCUGAGGCAGUGCUGAGUGUCAUUCCAGCCUCAGACUUGAAGCCUUUUCACAAGCCAUCUAUAAUAGCUGGUCCUCAAAACAUUACAGCAUCUCUUCAUCAAACUGUCAUACUGGAGUGUGUAGCCACAGGGAAUCCAAAGCCAAUCAUCUCAUGGAGCCGGUUAGACCAUAAGUCCAUUGACGUCUUCAAUACCCGUGUCCUUGGAAAUGGGAACCUGAUGAUCUCUGACGUCAAGGUGCAGCACUCAGGUGUUUAUGUUUGUCGAGCCACUAUUCCAGGCACACGGAACUUCACAGUAGCAAUGGCAACUCUCACUGUUCUGGCUCCACCUUCAUUUGUGGAAUGGCCCGAAAGUUUAACAAGGCCUCGAGCUGGUACUGCUCGUUUUGCUUGUCAGGCAGAAGGAAAUCCUGCCCCAAAAAUUUCAUGGUUAAAAAAUGGAAGGAGAAUACAUUCCAAUGGUAGAAUAAAAAUGUACAACAGUAAAUUGGUGAUAAACCAGAUCAUUCCUGAAGAUGAUGCCAUUUACCAGUGCAUGGCUGAGAAUAGCCAGGGAUCUAUUCUCUCCAGGGCCAGGCUUACUGUAGUUAUGUCAGAAGACAGACCCAGUGCACCUUACAAUGUCCAUGCUGAAACGAUGUCAAGCUCAGCAAUCCUGCUAGCAUGGGAGAGGCCAGUGUACAAUUCAGACAAAGUGAUUGCAUACUCGGUACAUUACAUGAAAGCAGAAGGUUUAAAUAACGAAGAGUACCAAGUGGUCAUUGGAAAUGAUACAACCCAUUACAUUAUUGAUGACUUGGAACCAGCCAGCAAUUACACCUUCUAUAUUGUAGCUUAUAUGCCUCUGGGAGCCAGUCAGAUGUCAGAUCAUGUGACUCAGCACACCCUUGAAGAUGUUCCCUUGAGAGCUCCUGAAAUUAGUUUGACAAGCAGGAGUCCUACAGAUAUUCUCAUCUCCUGGCUGCCAAUUCCUGCAAAAUACAGGAGAGGUCAGGUGGUCCUGUACCGUCUGUCUUUCCGUCUCAGCACAGAGACCAAAGUUCAAGUCUUGGAGCUUCCAGGGACUUCAGAUGAGUAUCUCCUCGAAGGCCUGAGGCCUGACAGUGUGUACUUGGUUCGUAUCACUGCUGCAACAAGGAUUGGCUGGGGAGAGGCAUCUUUGUGGACUUCCCACCGGACUCCCAAAGCUACAAGUGUGAAAGCACCAAAGUCUCCUGAGCUGCGUUUGGAGCCGAUGAACUGUACAACUAUUACAGUACAGUGGCAGCAGGACUCUGAGGACACAGCAGCUAUUCAAGGGUACAAGCUGUAUUACAAGGAAGAAGGCCAACAGGAGAAUGGACCAAUUCUGCUAGAUGCCAGUGAUCUUGAGUAUACUGUCAGUGGUUUAGAUCCUAGAAGAAAGUAUCAUGUAAGGCUGCUGGCAUAUAACAGUAUGGAAGAAGGUUAUCAGGCAGACCAAACAGUCAGCACUCCAGGAUGUGUCUCUGUCCGUGAUCGCAUGGUGCCACCACCGCCACCUCCCCACCACCUCUAUGCCAAAGCUAACACUUCAUCUUCUAUCUACCUCCACUGGGGAAAACCUGCCUUUACCUCUGCACAAGUCAUUAACUACACGAUCCGCUGCAACCCAGUAGGGCUGCAGAAUGCUUCUCUGGUUCUCUACCUUCAAACGUCAGAGACUCACAUGUUAGUUCAAGGUCUUGAGCCAAAAACCAUGUAUGAAUUUGCAGUUCGGCUCCAUGUGGACCAGCUCUCCAGCCCCUGGAGUCCAGUAGUCUACCAUACUACCCUUCCCGAAGCACCAUCUGGCCCUCCAGUAGGAGUGAAGGUGACUUUGAUAGAGGAUAAUACUGCUUUGGUUUCCUGGAAGCCACCUGAUGGUCCUGAAACAGUUGUUACACGAUACACUAUCCUGUAUGCAUCCAGGAAGUCUUGGAUUGCUGGGGAAUGGCAAGUGUUGCACAGAGAAGGAGCAAUGACCAUGGCUUUGCUGGAAAACCUUGUAGCAGGAAAUGUCUACUUGGUCAAAAUAGCAGCCUCCAAUGAAGUGGGAGAAGGACCUUUCUCAAAUGCAGUAGAACUUGCUGUCCUGCCAAAGGAGACAUCAGAGUCUAAUCAAAGACCUAAACGCCUGGACUCAGGAGAUUCCAUAA